GUGGAUGACAUCUUAGGAGAAGGCAGUGAUGAAAGUGACAGUGAAAAAAAAAAGACAAAAGAAAAAGGUGAAAAACCUCAGACUGGUUCAACAGAGACUGUGGGAAUGCAAACGGAUCAGAGACCUGCAUCAUCAUCGUCAUCAUCAUCGUCAUCAAGUGAACAAAGCUUAACAGCCAGUGUACCCAGGGGUCACAAGCGCAAACUGGAUGAAGAGGACUCUGGCAGUGAAUCCAAUAAAGAAUCUAGCAAUGAAGAUGAGGAAGGAAGCAGUUCUGAAGCAGAUGAAAUGGCAGCAGCGCUUGAAGCUGAACUGAACGAUUUCAUGUGACGCUCACGCAGAAGACAGAAUUUGUAAUUAUGUUUUACUUCCCAUAAACCCAUCGGACUUCAGAUGAGUCCCUUCUGUCAGUACUCAACGUUUUUCCAAAAUGCGUGUGUAUAUUUUGCAAAGCAACACAAGAGGCGACACAUUAUUUUACAAAAUCGGAAACAGAUGUUUUUAAGGUGUUUUACUAGAGGAAAAUAUACUUUUUUAAACAAAAAAAGUAUCAAAUGGGACUUGGUGUGCUAUGCCAAAGACAUGUUAGGAGCUCUGCAGAACCUUCGUGUACAGGGCAGCGAUACAAAGAUUCGUGAUUAAACAUACAUUGUUUAAAAUAUUACAGUCUGUGGUUUAUGGGUAACAGUCUUCAAAAAAAAGGAGGAGAUAAAGGAGAGGGAAUUGUCUGGGCAGUACAGCAGAAACCUGAUGAACUGGUCAUCCUUUUCCACAAAUAAAUGCUAUCAAAUAUAAAAGGAUUUUUAAAAUAAAAAAGAACGAUUUAUAUUUGUAUAGAAACAGAAUGUGAUAUGCAAGCUUUGUGAACUCUGCACUUGACCCACCCGUCAUUUGCUUCUAAGAGAAUACAUAACGAUCAAAACUCAUGUUUUUAAGUUACUUUGUGGAAUAGUUGGGUUCUUUAGGGACAUCGUUUAGACUUUUAACAUUUCUUCUCUGUAACGGGAAAUUUAGCACAUCCGUGUGAUCCUGUACUGCCAUCAGAAGCAUAUUCACCCAUUCGUGUUGUCUUGGAAAGAACGAGUGCUACUUCCGUCUAGAUAGGAUUUAAUUCCUUUGACAAGAGUUCUGAUGUAAAGUUUUUGUAUAUUCUAUUUCAUAUUUGACCCACAAAACAGAUUUUCUUUCAUUUAAUAAAAAUUCGUUUUGU